AAAUAAUUGCAGAUAAGUUUUUUAAAAACGCAAAUAUUGCAGAUUAUCAGACUAUUAUAUCAAUACCUGUGCCCAUGCACCGUUAUGCGCAUUGAAACAUGCAGAAGUAACGAUCGUGCGGCAACAUUUGAGUGGAAUAGCUACAAACAGUAAGCAUGAGCGUUUACCCGGAAAGCAGUGUUGUUGUUAAUCAACAAGUUCCAAAUAUGUACCCUGCUCCUAUGACAACAACAGUUGUGCUGCAACAACCUCAACAAGCGCCUGGCAAACUUGUGUGUAGCAGGGAGGGCCAUAGAGGCUGGAGCUCUGGAAUGUUCGCUUGUGGAGAUGACGUCACUAAUUGUUGUUUAGCAGUGUUUUGUCAGGAGUUAGUUCUGAUGGACAUUUCGAGGAGAACAGGUGAGAACGUAUGUGUGACAUGUUGUGUACCAGGAGGUCUGCUGGCAAUCAGAGCACGACUACGAACACUUGGUGGAAUACAGGGUUCCAUAUGCGAGGAUUACCUGUCCCUAUCGUGCUGUUACCUUUGUGCCUUGUGUCAGAUGCAAAGGGAGUUGGACAGCAUGGGCUUGUGAUAUGGUUAUACAACUCUCUUACAAGUUUUCACCAAGUUGUGCCUACGAAAUUAUUGAAUGACAUUUUGAUAAUAUAAUGCACCUUUCUUUUAAUUCGACUUUUCAGAUAUCACUUACAAGUUUGAUUGUAGAGAACUCCAUUAAUUUAUAUAAAAAAUAGUUAGUGUAUAGUGCUGUUUGUAAAAAUUAAAAAAAAAAACAUCUUGGUUCCGUUA